AUGCUCGCAUCCACUGCAGUCGCCCUCUUGGCGGCCGCCACCCCCGCCCUCGCAUGGGGCGCUGCUGGCCAUGAGAUCGUCGCUACCAUCGCCCAGAUCCACCUCCACCCAGAAGUUCGCGACAAGCUCUGUGAUAUCCUCCCGCAGGCUGCGCAUUGUCACCUCGCGCCAAUCGCGGCUUGGGCCGACACGAUCAGGCGCGGGUAUCCCGGUACCGCUCAGAUGCACUAUGUUAACCCCAAGGGCGACCAUCCGGGCGACACCUGCACCUAUGGCGAGCAGGGUUGGAUCAACGAGGACGUCAACGUCUUGACAGCCAUCAUGAACAAGACCGAGGAGGUCCGUAACGGUGGCGGUGACAUCCCUCUCCGCUUCCUCGUCCACUUCCUCGGAGACGUGCACCAGCCGCUGCACCUGACCGGUCGCGACCGGGGUGGAAACCAGGCCAUGUUCCGCUUUGAGGGCCGCGUCCGCAACCUCCAUUCGACUUGGGACUCUGGAAUUAUCCUGAAGAACAUCCGCGAGCUGGGCAACUACACGGCCCCCGUGCCGAGCAAGCAGAUCGAGAACGCGCUCCCGGGCGCCAUCUUUGACCCGUACGUCCGCUGGAUUGUGUGGGAGGGCAUCCGCGAGUGGUGGCGUGAUGACCUCGAGUCUUGGCUCGAGUGCCCCGCCGACGGCGACCCCUACCCGCACAGCGUGUACGGCGCGCCUCCCUCUCCGAAGCGCGGUGUCAUUAGCUCUCUCCUCCAUGGUGCCGGAAACGCCGCCUCGCACGCUGCCGAGUUCCUCGGUCCCCUGUCUUGGAUCGGCGACUACAUCCUCGCCGAGGGUGACCACACUGGAAACCGCGACAUCAUGCUCGCCAACACUCCGCAGGCGCUCAAAUUGGAGCACAGACAGUUCACUGGCCCCUCGUGCCCGUAUACCUGGUCGAAGCCUAUCCACGCGGUCAACUGCGAGUACGCGUGGCCCAAGGAGUACAACGGCACUGGACCGCUCAUCGAGCUCGACACGCCCCAGUACCUCGGUAAGAUCAAGGACGACAAGGUCAUCGAGAGCCUGCUCGCCAAGGGCGGUCUGCGCCUCGCCAAGGUCCUCAACGAGGUUAUUGGCGAGGGCAAGUACCCCGGACUGUAUGUCAACUACCACGACGAGUAG